GUUCUGUUAGGAUUUUAUGACGAUUUUACUUCGCAAAAAGAGGCAGGUAACACCAAAUAUUUUCAUGUCUCUGCUCAUUUAUUCAGUGUUUUGUGCUGAUAUGUAUUUUCUGUAGUUUUUAUUAAUUGAUUUGUUUAUUUAUUUAUCUAUCAUUCUGAAUUAAAAGAAAAAAGCUGCAAGUAAUUUUUCUGUCACAUACACUCAGACAACUCCUCGUGGCAGCUUCAAAAUGUAGAGAAUGUACAGAUUCGCUGACUCAUUUAAAUGCUGCAUUACAACUAGACGAAUAAUGCCGCGCCUCUCUCAUUUCAGGUGAGGAUGUGAGGAUGUGUCCUAAGGGUCCGACCUGCUGCACCAGCACCAUGGAGAAGAACCUGGCCGAUCUGAGCGCCCAGGAGACCGAGGGACUGAUCAGAGAGGCCGGCAGGUCCCUGCAGGCUACUUUCAAUGCUCUCCACAGGAGCUUUGACACCUAUUUCACAGAGCUGCAUGGCCGUUCCGAGCGCUCCCUGCAGGAGGUGCUGUCCCCGCUCGGGCCCCUGUACUCCCAGAACACUCGUUUGUUUGGGGACCUCUACACCGACCUGCGUCAGUACUAUCGAGGCUCCGCCCUCAACCUGGACGAGAACUUAUCUGACUUCUGGUCCCGCCUUUUGGAGAGAACAUUUAAAGCAUCUGCUCCUACAGAUGUCAACCUGUCAGAGGACUACCUUGAAUGUGUCGCUAAGCAACAAGAGACGCUAAGACCAUUUGGAGACGUCCCUCGGGACAUGAAAGCAAAGGUGAUCCGGUCCUUUGUCACUGCCAGGUCAUUUGUCCAGGGGCUGUUAGUCAGCACCGAUGUGGUCAGGAAGGUCUCACAGGUGCCUCUGGGUCCAGAGUGUCUGAGGGCGCUGAUGAAGCUGUUUUACUGCCCUCACUGUCGGGGCUUAGCCUCCGUCAAACCCUGCUCCAACUACUGCUUCAAUGUGAUGAAGGGCUGCCUGGCCAACCAGGCUGAUCUGGACCCAGUGUGGCAAGAGCUAAUAGACACGAUGAUCCAGGUGGCAUCCAGUUUCAGCACAGAACCCAGUCUCGAUGUGGUUCUGUCCUCCAUUCCUGUUCGAAUCUACGAGGCAGUGCACUACCUACAGGAGAACACGGAUGCGUUCACAGCUAAGGUUUACCAAACAUGUGGAAUUCCUGGUGAACCGGGAACAGGAAGUCCCACUCUCCAUGAGCAGAAGAGGAAAAGCGGCUCCUUGACUGCACUGGAAUACAAACCUUCUCCCACCGCUGGACUCAGACUGGAAAUGCAGGUCUCAGAUAUUUCCAGUAAGCUCCGGGAGAUGCGUCACUACUGGGUCCAGCUGCCUGUGGAACUCUGUCGAAAACUUGCAGCAGGAGGCAACAGUCAGGAGGAUUGUUGGAAUGGGAAUACUAAAGCCAGGUACCUUCCAGAGGUGAUGGGAGAUGGUUUGGCCAAUCAGAUCAACAAUCCAGAAGUUGAGCUUGACAUCACAAAGCCAGAUAUGACGGUCCGGCAGCAGAUUAUGCAACUCAAAAUAAUGAGCAACAGGCAGAAAAGUGCAUUAGAAGGCAACGACGUGGACUUCCAGGACGCAAGUGAUGACAUUAGCGGAUCAGGAAGUGGGAUGUGCGUGAGUGGUCACUGUCUUCGGAGCAGGCCAGGGUUGUACGCCUACUCGCCAAAGAAUGACCCCGUUGGAGGUGCCACCAUGUCUCAAGCCAGCAUCUGUCACCUCCUACUGCUGCUCCCAUUAACCAUCCUGCUUCUCCAGCGAUGAUGGACCGCUGUUUGCCUCAUGUCUAGCCUCGAGGGCCAGAACCCAAUAGAACUAUUUGAAAGGAGGUUUGGUUGCUGGAAGACCGGAACAUAACUUUGCCAAAAAAAAUAGAAAAGACAUUUUAGGAGUUCAAAUGGACUUUUUUUCUUUGACUAAGAUGAGCAAACACAGACUGUUGGCUUUAUUUUGCUGAGUUUUAUUAUAUCUUAGUUUGAGUGUGAUUUAGUGUCUGGUCUGUAGAUCGAUUGGCGAAGAGCGAUUGAAAGAAAACAGGUGAACACGAAGGAGGCUUGUAAUCAUGAAGGUGUACGUUUAGCCCAAGUUUCCAGUCAGCAGGUGUCCUUAUCUGUGGUGAAUUUAUCAAGGUUUUUAUGAUUUUUUUUAUAACUCAAGUCAAGGUUACCUGACUUCAACACGUACGCUGUAAAUGUUUGUGUACAUUACCUUAAAGACUGGCACUAUACUGAGCCAUGAAUGUACAACGUGUUACUCAACGAUAUCUAUGUGAUAUAUCAGCGGAUCCCUGUGAUGUGAGCAUCAACACACGUCAUCUGGGACAUUUUUCAUAGUAAUUCAGAUAAACGCUCACACUCUGGAAAUGUAUGACGUGUUGUAAUUGCGACGAUUUACCAUAUUUUUAUUCUAAAAAAGAAAAGAACAGGUUAUGGGAAUGUCCACUUAAAGUCACUGUUGUGAAGAAUUAGUCUCAUCAAAGAUCAUAUAAACAAGCACAUGCAACUAUUUUCUACAUUUUAUGUUUGAAGACAGAAAAUUGCACAAAAACUUCAACGUAUUUGUUUGCAUUCUACACAAAAGAAGGAAAACUAAAUAAAACAAAACAACACAAACUUUGAAUAGCUCAUCAUUCUGGUGGGAAACUACUUGUUAAAUGCACUUCACGUCAUAUUGGUGGCUGAUCAAAAGGGUCAAACCAAAGUUUAGCACACAGGGAGACAAUGCAGCCUGAAGGAAGGUUAAUCUUGGACAGCGCUCAUGGCUAAUCUGAUGCAUCACAAAAUCAAAACAAACGCGACAUUUCUACUAUAGGAGUUCUGGUAAAUUUCUGGGAGCGGGGAAGGUGACGAGGAAAAUAUGUUCGCUUAGUCCUCUCGUACAAAGUUGACCCUUUCAGGACUUUGCCUAGAUGCCAGCAUAUAGUGAUUUUUUCAGCAGUGAGUGACAUCACCGAUAGGCACUAAAGACAUCCAUUGACAUUAAUAUUAUUAAAGAUGUUUUAUUCCGUCAAAGUAUGUUGUAAAAAAACUAUUAAGUGGAUGGGGAGAACAGCUGUGUGCCAUAAAUAGUGGCAUACAAAAAAACGCAGCAUGAAUUACGGCAUCGUGGAAGGAUAGGGUGCUUAAGUUACGCCCAUACUUAUGGACUAUAGGUCCCCUACUGUCAAAAAGUGAAUGGGAAUCUAUGAUCCAAUAAAGGUUAUUAUGUGAUCCUGUUUGAUAUGUGCCAUGGAUUUAACAAAUGGCGACCGUGAAUUUCAAAGAAACAUUUUGAUGCCAGAAAGCACGUAUUUUUGACAGGUGGAAAAAGUUAUAAUAGGUUUUGUGUGAAAACACAUAGGACUACAAAUGCUUGUCUCACUAAAUUGAUGUCAUCACACUAGACAAGAAGAAGAAAAAUGGCUUUCAGUUUAGUGAGCUUAACAAACUUCUUCCAGGGUGAAAGAAGGAGCAUUAAAUGUGGAGAAAACCACGAUAAAUCUGGCCAUGUGGUAAGUAGCAGCUACGCUGGGGGAUGGAGGUUCUGUGGUGAUGUCAUAUGUGCAACAUAUCUGAUUUGUAGUCAUUUUAAAUAUGAAUUUUUACAAGGUAAUAAAUCUCACGUUACGUGACAGACGUAGAUGAAACUCACAUAAAUAUUUAUGAUUUAAAUUGAAGUACAACAUUUGGGUGACGCAGGGCGUGAGGCAAAGCAGAGCAGAAAAUAACUUUUUGUUCUCUUACAUUCAUUUGUUCUCAGUCGACAGAAAGGGGAGGAGACUUGGGUCCUGUCCACACGUAGCUGGGUGUCUCCCAAAACAAAGAUUUUCUACGAGUCGUCCACAUCAAAACACAGAUUUACGCAUACAUUUUGUUAAAAACAUCAGCUAAAGUGAAGAUUUGCAUUUUCUUUGUUUUAAGUGUUUCUGUGUGGGCAGAAAUAAUCGGAGUUUUAGGUUUCACGUCACUGUCUGCGACAAAAAUGCUGAUGGCCCAUGUGCGACCUGUGUUUACACUACAACAUGGAUGCCCUCGAGCUGUGCUCGCGUUAUCAAGCUACAUUUAACUAGUAGUUAAAUGAGUUUAAAAACUACAUUUAGGAGCAAUUCUACAGCUAGGCGCCAUGUUUCAUGUUUUGUUGAAGUCGAGUAUGACGAAAUGGAUAGGAUUCAGGGGAAAUACUGCCGCCUACAGGUCUGGCAUGCCUAUGAAUGUGCUUAACUUGUGCGGUUACGUGUGAAUGGAGAUUUUUUAUUUUUUAAAUGAGGUGGUCUGGAUGCUAUAUUUUGGGAGGGUGGAUUUAAAAAAUAAAUAAAUAAAGCAGCUAUGUAUGACAAGACCUUCCAGUCUGCUACAGCAGCACCUCUUCCAAUUUUACAAGUGCUGGAUGUUUGGCAACGUCUGCCACCCACUACUCUACCGGCUACCCCAUGGCUUUGGUUCCAGAAAUUGCCCAGAAAUCAAUACUUUUAGGCUUGCCCGCUGAAAUGAAGACAGAUCUGUGACUUUUAUGGCACGUGCUUCUCCACAUACAGUGAAGGUCUACUAAAAUUACCCAGUUCUGAUGGUGGAAAUGAGCCUGAAGGCAGAUGUUGUCUGAUGUUGUUUGUCUGCAGGACUUUUGCAGAGGUGCUCUACAGUUGCCUGGUGAUAAAAUGCUUAAUUUGACAUGCAUAAGUUUGUGUUAUUAUACUGACGCAUUUACGCUCCUGAUUUACAUAAACAGCAGAUGUGUUGCUUAUGCACAUAUUUACACACUCUGGAACUGUUUAUUUUGUCUGGUUUUUCACCCUCACUGUAUUUGUUCACACAUUUCACUCAUUACAUUCUGGUUGAUUUUAGCAGAUGUUGGAUGACUGUUUAUGUUGUAAAGUCGAACUGGGAAAAAAAAAUCUGUCAGCAAUUUGGCAAUAAAGUAAAAAUUGCCAAACUU